AUGACUGUGGAAGAAGAGGUCGUCUCGUGGGACGCCUUAAACAAACCCCUGUGUGACCCUCGACCAAUUGCUCAUUUCUUCGGAAGGGUCUCGGCCCUUCCGAAGAACUAUGACGAUGCCCCCAAGUGGCACCGUGGGACAGAGAACAAGCCCACUACAGGGGCUCCGACGACUGUGGAAGAAGAGGUUGUCUUAUGGGAUGCCUUAAACAAACUCCUGUGCGACCCUAGACCAAUUGCUCAUUUCUUCGGAUGGGUCUUGGCCCGGGCACCUAGCACCAUCGGUGCAUUGCUGGGACCGUAG